ACGGUACGCCGCGAUAAGGCGGUACACUUUGCGAAGCUUGCAGGGCAGGUGGGGCGCUACGACGAGAUGGCGGCUCACAUGGAGGCAGUGGGGAAGUCGGCUGACGAGCUCUUGGCUGAGGACCGCAAUCUCCUGUCCGCUGCCUACAAGAGCGCCCGUGGCGUCGCUCUGCAUGGCAUGUCAUCGCCAGCGUGGAGCAAAAGGAGAUCAGCAAGAAUGGCGAGGAGAAUCUACAGCAUUCGCCAAGGAGUAUUCCCAAACAUGGAGUUCGAAAUCGGCGACAUUUCUAGGAAGAUCCUUGCUGUCAUGCACAGCCGUCUCGUCGAGAAGGCAACGACGGGCGAAUCGAAGGUCUUGUACCAAACGAUGGACAACUAUCGCUACAUUGCCGAAUACACCACUUGCGAUGACAAGACGAAGGACUUGACAGUGACGCACUCGUUUCGCCUCGGCCUUGCUCUAAACUUCACCGUGUUCCAGUUUGAGGUGUUGGAGAAACCAGAUGAGGCCUGGAAGAUGGCGGUCACCGCUUUCAGGGGUGCAAUCGCCGAGCUCGACAACGUCGCAGAAGACUUGUACAAGGACUCCACCCUCGCCAUACAGCUGUUUCGCGACAAGUUGAAGCUCUGGACCUCGGACCAAGGGCGAGCCCUGAGAAGGACACAGAAGCGACGCGCAGACGAGCUCAAGCUCGCUGGCAAGGCCUGCCCGAGAAGAGCAGAGCGCCUUCGUCUGGCGGCGAGGGCGGGUCUGUUUCGCCCCGCGCUGUGGAUCUCCACCGCGAUCUCGGCUGGGAAUCUCGGCUGGAGAUUUUGGCUGGGAAUGUCGGCUGGGAUCGCCGCGGCGAUCUCGGCUGGGGAUCUCGGCCGGGGACCUCGGCUGAGGACCUCGGUUGGGGAUCUC